GCAGUAAAAAGAGAGAGAAGCGUACAGAGGAAGUUAAAACAGGCCGUGAGGCCCAUAUAAGGCGCCUUUAUAUACAGGCCGAUAUGAAUCCAAGCAAUUAUAAUUUACAAUCCACUUUCCCAUUUUGGCGCGAUCUCUCCACCUUUCCCUCUCUAUUUCGCUAAUUUGAUUUGGGUGUAUCUUUGAUUCUUUGUGAUCAAACAAUAGAUUCCUAAGUCAAAAUCCCCAAAAUGGCCAAGAGUGAAGUCUCGGCCACCGGCGACAAUGCGUCUCCUUCCUCCUCACGGCCAUGGCAAUCCUAUCACACCGUUUAUACCAACGCCAAAGCCGGGAUGGAAGGGGUGGACAAGGAAAAAGUGCAGAGAAUAGUGUAUGAAAUGAGCAAAGGGUCAAAGUAUUUUGAGAACGAGGAGCGCAAGGAGGGUUAUAUGAAGCAGAAAAUUGAAAACAUGCGUGUCCAGUGUUUAAAACUCACUAAACCUGAUAUAUCUCAUUACCAGGAGCUUGCUGAAAAAAGGAUAUUAGAGCUGGAAGCCACGCGAGAUUUGUCAAGGAUUUGGAUACAUGUAGAUAUGGAUGCAUUCUAUGCAGCUGUUGAAACUUUGAGUAAUCCUUCAUUACAAGGCAAGCCGAUGGCGGUUGGCACCUUGUCAAUGCUUUCCACUGCUAAUUAUGAGGCUCGGAAAUUUGGGGUUCGGGCUGCCAUGCCUGGCUUUAUUGCUCGUAAAUUAUGUCCAGAGCUGAUAUUUGUACCUACUGACUUCAAGAAGUAUAAUCAUUACAGUGGAUUGACAAGAAAAAGUCAGUUGCUUUGCUUACAGGGCCAAUUUUUUUUUUUUUUUUUGGUCUCAUUUUUAUUUGCUUAUAUUUGGUAUAAAAUUUCUCUAACAGUCUUCCAGAAAUAUGAUCCUAAUUUUUUGGCAACGAGUUUGGAUGAGGCAUACCUGGAUAUAACAAGGAUUUGCAAAGAACGGGGAGUUACAGGUGCGGAGGUAGCUGAAGAGCUCAGAGAAAGUGUUUACAAUGAGACUGGCCUCACAUGUAGUGCAGGAGUGGCUCCAAAUCGCUUACUCGCUAAGGUUUGUUCAGAUAUCAACAAACCUAACGGACAGUUUGUUUUACCUAAUGAUCGCAUGGCUAUCAUGGCAUUUAUUUCUACACUUCCUAUUAGGAAGAUUGGUGGCAUUGGUAAAGUUACUGAAAACAUUUUAAAGGAUGUUUUUGGAAUAACAACAUGCGAGGAAAUGUUGCAGAAAAGUAGUUUUCUGUGUGCACUAUUUUCCCGUUCCUCAGCAGACUUUUUUUUGUGUGUCGGUCUAGGACUUGGUGGGACAGAUACACCUGAAACAAAGAUGCGAAAGAGUAUGAGUAAUGAGAGGACAUUUUCAGCCACUGGUGAUGAGACGUUGCUUUAUAAAAAGUUAGAGGAGCUUGCAGAGAUGCUCUCUGCCGAGAUGGAACAAGAAGGCCUUUGUGGGCGGACAUUGACACUAAAAUUGAAAACUGCAUCUUUUGAGGUACGGACCCGAGCAUUGACUUUGCCUAAUUACAUCUCCUCAAGUGAGGAUAUCUUGAAGCACGCUUCAAAGCUGCUGAAGGCUGAAUUCCCUGUAUCUUUGAGACUCAUGGGGCUUCGUAUUUCCCAGUUUAUGGAAGAAAAUGUUGGUCCUUCUGAUCCUACGCAAAGAACACUUUCCAAGUUCAUUGUUCAAGGAGACGCUUCUGGGAAAAAUGCAGAUGAGUGUUUGCCUUUGGGCUCAGAUGUUAGCGAUAACGCCUUCACCCACGACACACAUACUGAUUUUCCUACCAACAGCGGUGAAACAAUAUCGUGGGAUCUUAGAGCCCCUACCGACAACCAACAAAUAUCAGAUCCUAAUGACAGAUGCUGUAUAUAUAGUGAAGAAUUGGAGAAAUGCCCCGAGCCUCAAAAUGAUGAACUUGAAAUCAAUGUAUGCAAAUCAAAUGAAGAGGGGAUACCCUUUUCAGGACAGUUGGAGGGGAUCAGUCUAGAUAAACCGAAGAGCGGUGCAUAUGAUAAAACAGGAUCAUGCUCAGAUCAUAAAGAUCUCGUUCUUUGGUUGGACGACUACAAAUGCUCUCUAUGUGGAACCGAACUGCCUCCAAGUUUUGUCGAGGAAAGACAGGAGCACUCCGACUUCCAUCUUGCUGAACGGCUGCAAGACGAGGAAUCAAAAGACCACCAUAGAUGGCCGACACUAAAGCAAAGGUCUGUUCAGAACAGCGAUACACAGAAUCGCGGUAGGCAGAGAAAGAAGAAGAAAUUAUGUCCAACACCCACUAAAUGCACUCCCAUUGAUAGCUUCUUUGUGAAGACAAGUCAGAAUUUCUAACAUCAAAACUCCAUUGCAGUGUUCAAAGCUGUGGGACAAAAUGAAUUGGUUUGCAGACUGCUUGGCUUAGUUGUCCUUCCCUCUCUUGUAUAUAACAAUCAAUUAGUUGAAUGUUAGUAUUUUAUGUAAAAAAUUUAUUAAAAAAAAGUGUAUUCCUACAUUUGAUUUUUUAGAAUCAUAAUUUAAACAAAUAAAUUAUUCCAA